ACUACUUGUAUCAUGUUGUUAAGUUUUGUACGGUACUUACGAGUUUUUACGCAAUUGUCUCGCUCCACUCGCGUUUGUUACGGACUACUGACUUUCUCACGUUCUCAACGAUACUUAACUGUACGCAGGCUCAAAUUGUCCAGAAUGAAUAUUAUCUCUUUGUAACGUAAUUUUAUAUGCGUCACGGCCAAAGUCCGAAAUAUCGCGAGUCGGUUUCUUGGCGAUUUUGGCAAUUUUUUCUUUCCCGGCACGCUACGUGAUCAUUGUACUUGUUGGAUAAUCGGUCAACUCGGUCAGCUAAACAAAUAAUUGAAUAUCUUGGAUAUUUCACGGGUUACCUGCUAUCUCGGAUUUUGGCCGUAACACGUGCAUUCAGGAGAGAUCUCUCUGUAAGGUUCAAAUAUACGAGGCCUUUUACUAUUUAGGACGAUUAAAACUCAAUGUUAUACGAGUCACAGUGAACCCUUGUUAAUGUACAAUCAUUUAUAGAUGAUAUGGAUUCGUUAAGGCGAAAGAGACAAAAAUUUAGUAACAGCCCAAGCGCGCUAGUUUUCAAGCAUGUAGCGGAAACCGAGAAGCGCGCUAGAAAUCAGGCUUUUACUUUCAAUAUCGUCAAAGCCGAGCCAACCGAUCAAAUGUCGCAAUUCGGAGCAUCAAGUACAAGCGCAACGUGCGGUUUCACCCUGCAAUCUGUAACGAAGAAGGAGUCUAACAUCUUGCAGAAUCCAAGGAUCAAAGUAUCUCCAGGCCGAACGCCGUCGCCGAUGGAGUGUAGCAAUACUCCUUACAGUCCGCCGCAGCAUUCGCCGCAAUAUCAACCAAAUAUACAACCGACAGUACAAAAUGAACCAGCCGACCGUCUAUCGCCAUUCGGAGGCGCGGCUGCGGCAGGAUUUUAUACUCUGCCCUUGUCUGUAAUGAAUCACCAGCAGAAGAUCAUGCCGGGCAAUCUGAGAACUCAAGUAUCUCCAGGACGAACACCGUCCCCUAUGGAAUACAAUGUCGCAUAUAGCCCUCCUAUCGUGCAGCAACAGCAGCAGCAAUCGCCGCAGUAUCAACCAAAUAUUUCACCCAUGAUGCAAAUGCCAUCACCGUCAACAAAUCCUAAUCUAUAUUCGUUCGCACCGGAACAAGCUCGAUUGCAGCAAGCGGAACCAAAUUUAUAUGCGUUGGAAAAGACUCCGGAGGGUAUGAAUCAAGCAACAGAAAGUCAGGGAUUGCAGCCGAUAGAAGUGAACAAUCCCAAUACUACAACAAUUCCUGAUGUAACUAGACUGUUGGACAUGGACACUCAACAACUGAAUUUCGAUUGGAAUCCGCUGGAUUCUAAUGAUUUCGCAGACUUUGGAUCAUUAUCCGCAAAUCUGUCGAGUGGAUUAUCUCUCACUGACGGUAUACAGCCUACGACAAGCAACGCCGAGGAAAGCAAUCAUCAAUCGACAAAUAGCAUGACAGAGGAAACUAAUCGAAUCAUCUGGAUAAAACAAGAGCUCUCCACUCUAAAUAAUAUAUUCAAGCCUAAUCGACGAAAUGACGACGGAGGACUUACUUAAAAUCAUUUGUUAAUCGGCAAUGUGUGAUGUUUGAUUAAGUCAAUGCUGGCAUUGACUGUAAACGAGCUGCAGCAGAGGGCUUCAUGCCUUCACUGCCACCAAAAAGAGUGCAAUUAAAUCAAU